UUGCCCUACGUUUUGUUCUCUCUCUAGAAGAGACAGCGGAGAGCAAUGGCGAAGAAAGGAGGAGAAGAAGAGAUGGGAAAGGAAGGGCGAAACCUACUGGGCCCACCGAGCUUCAAAGAGCUGGAGAAUGGCCGCUUCAAAUGCGUAGAGACUGGCCACGAGUUGCCGGCCCACGCCAAGGAUUCGUACGCCCAGAGCAAGCAUUGCCGGAUGGGUCUCAUCGACGCCGCUUUGGCCCAUAGAAAGCCCCCUCUCAACAUGUUUCAGCAAGACCCUAACAACCGUUCGAAGUUAAUUUGUAAGCUAACAGGAGAUACCGUCAAUAAAUCUGAGGAGCAUAUAUGGAAGCAUAUUAAUGGAAGACGGUUCCUCAACAAGUUAGAGCAAAUGGAAGCUGAAAAGCUAACCCCAAAUGGAAUACUAGAAGAAAAGAGUGAGCAAACACCACAGAAAAUAUCAAAGCCAAAAGCAGAUGGUUUGAAGAAAAAGAAAAAGAAAAAUAAAGCAGAGGAGAAUGUUGGUAAAGUUAUCCUCGAAGUAAGGAAAUCUUCUGACAAGGACAGUGAUUCUGAAGAAGCUGAGUUCUGGAUUCCUCCAAUGGGAGAUCCUUUGGACCUAGAUGAUGAAGGAACUGAACAUGCUAACGGCGCAGAUGCUGCAACUGAAGAGGGCAACGGUAAUGCAGGGGAACUCUCCAAGCGGACGAAGCGAAUGUCCAUAGAAAUUGGACCUAGUAACUUUGCCUCACAGAAGAAGAAGAAGAAGAAGACCAAGUCCACAUGAUAAAGGUGAAAAUAUUGAGCUUCAAAGCUCCAAGAUGAAAGAUUUUUGGACACUGUUUAACCGCAAACUGUGCUGUUGAGAUCAUUUUACUUUGAAACUGAGUGUACUGUUAGAAUAAAAAAGAUAGGGGAACAGGGGAAGGUUGUGGGCUCUAUUUGUUGAGUUAAUAUCCAAGAAUUAUUCCUCUUCAGUACAAUUGAAGAAAGAGAUGCAAUUUGUUACUUUCCUUCCCAGUUUUGUUCACAAGGGUGUUCAAUAGAUGAGCUUGUAUGAUCAUAAAUCCAAGAAUUAUUCCUUUCCUUA